GUUUUCUUUCAGGUGCUGAGUUAAUCGUUUUUGUCUUUAGGCAUUUCUUGUUUGAAAGCAGCAACUGGACUGGUCUUAAGGAUAAACAUUUCUUGUUUGAAAGCAGCAACUGGACGCGAAAUGAGACUGGGCUAGUCUUAAAGAUAAGCAUUUCUUGUUUGAAAGCAGCAACCAGAUGUGAGAUAAAACCGGGCUGGUUGUUAGAAUAA